AUGAGUAAACGUCGCGGCGGUACCCCCAGCACCAAUGGCGCCCAGCCUGAGGAAGAGGCCAAGACGGCCGCUCUCCGUCAAUACGAGACGACUGAGGGGCAUUUCUCGCUCGUCAGGAAUUUCCGGCUAGCCGACCUCAUCACUAUUGCCAACGGGAUUUGUGGAUCUUUCUCCGUCUUCAUGUCCGCCAAGUAUCUUGUGACAAAUGACGAAGACUACUUGUGGUCCGCGCUCGCCUUCCCUCUCGCAGGUCUCCUUUUCGAUUUCUUCGAUGGAAAGGUCGCGCGGUGGAGAAACGAGUCAAGCAUGGUGGGGCAGGAGCUCGACAGUUUAGCCGACCUGAUCUCGUUCGGAGUCGCCCCCGCGCUGCUAGCAUUCGUCAUCGGCUUCCGAACGUACCUCGACACCGUUGCGCUCACGGGCUUCAUAUGCUCCGGCCUCGCGCGACUCGCACGGUUCAACGCGACCGUCGCUCUGGUGCCCAAGGACACCAAGGGCAAAUCCAAGUACUUCGAGGGCCUCCCCAUCCCCACCUCGCUCGUGCUCGUCGGUGUGUUCGCAUACUGGACGCUUCAAGGAUGGAUUGACGGCAAGCAGGGGUUGCCGGGCGGGACGAUCACGCUGUGGGGGGAGCCUGGAGGGGACGGGGACAUGCAUCUAAUCACGCCUGUGUUUGCGUGCUGGGGGGCAGCGAUGGUGAGCAAGACGCUCCGGGUUCCCAAGUUGUAA